AUCUUUGUCACUACUGCGUUGUUCUCACUCCUCUCAAGUAAUGGCCGCCUGUUAGAACAGCAUUUCAAGCUACCUAGUCUCAUCGAAAAAGCGACGCUUGUCUUCUCUAGUGACCGAUAACUCACAUUACGCAAUAAACCAAGAUGCCAGUGGCAGUAGGACCGUAUGGCCAGCAACAGCCAGCCUGCUUUGACAGAAUUAAAAUGGGAUUCAUGAUGGGCUUUGCUGUUGGGAUGGCAGCUGGUGCCAUGUUUGGAACCUUUUCCUGUCUAAGGGUUGGCAUGAGAGGCAGAGAGCUGAUGGGAGGAGUUGGGAAGACGAUGAUGCAGAGUGGAGGCACGUUUGGUACAUUUAUGUCCAUUGGGAUGGGCAUUCGCUGCUGAGACCACCUACCAUAGUUACAUAACAGGACUUUUGUAAUAACUCAUUCCCAUGUCACAAUUUCUCCAUAGUUCUGGGACAAAGUAUGUCAAUAAAUGCUGUGAUUUCAAUUGCUGGUAGUAGGCCAAACGUUUGGUGUGGGGCUUUUGAUAAAUGAGAUGACUAACCUUGUGGUGCUGCAACAUCGGUGCCAUCCAAAGGAUUGACGAUACCAGGGUAGUCUCUCCCAAAGGAUAGAUGCUUGAUCAAGUGAGUCAUGUUGAUCUGUAGGACAAUUCAAAUAAGCGUUCACGUGUAUGGAGGACUUUGCCUUGGCAAGACAAGAUUUGUCAAAUGUACUUACGUUGUCUAGUCCAAAACUCUGCAGAUCAUGAACUGAAAAUAAGAGACAAAAUGUUAUUAAUGCUGUGAUCUGAUAGCAUCAUCAGUUAUGUUCUGUUUACCUAGAGUAUACGAGGGCUUACUAUUCUCGCAAUCCACGACUCUCCCAUUACAAGUUAUUGUUGAGCCCUCAGAAAAGUGAUGUAGAUUACUGUGUGUACCACCUCCAAUAAAGAUCAAACCAACAAUCA